UGGAGCAAGAGGACAGGUUCAGGGGAGUGGGACCCAGGGUUGCAGGGGAGCAGGGCAGAGUCCGUUCAGCUCAUAAACAGAGCUGAUAGGAGGUGGCGCGUGGAGAGGGCAAGGGUUAGGACCCAGGGCACCAGGAGCCAGCGCCAGGGAGUGAGCUCGGUGCUCGGAGGAAGCCCUGUCUGGCCCCCAUGGCCUUCCUGGUGGCUGGGACCCUGCGGGUGGCCGCGCAGGUGGCAGAUGCUCAAGACAGCCUGGGGAGAAAGGGGAAGUACAGCCUACAGGGUCCAAGGGUGGCCCUGAUACUCAGCAGCCCUGGGGUGCCCACUGCUAUGGUCGCUGCCCUGGGAGGCGUUUUCCAAGCCCUAGGCUUUGAGAGCUGUGAGAGGAGGGAGUCCCCUGUCCAGGGCUUCCUUGAAGAGCUGACUCGGUUCCGGGAGCACCUGGAUGCCCACGGGGGCCCUAUGGGCUGUGCCCUAGUGGCCUUGGUGGCCCCCAGUGGACAGCUGAGGCAGCCGCAGCGGCUUGUCCAGGAGCUGAGCUGCUGUGGGGCUCUGCGGGGCUGCCCCAAAGUCUUUCUGCUGCUCUCGGCUGGCCACGGGGCUGCCCCAGAGCCUGGAGCCUUCCUCGCUGGCCUGGGAGAGCUCUGUGGCCGCUCUCAUCACUGGUCCCUGCUGCAGCUGCUGACAGAGCUCUUCUGCAGGGUGGCUGAGGAGUCCACAGGGGGCACCCGCUGCCCAAUCCUUCGGAGCUCUUUGAGGGGAGCGCUGUUCCUGGGGGGCGUGGAGCCCUGGGGACCUGAGCCAGAACCCAGCCUCAGUGCUCAUUAUGACAUGUCUGGGGCCAGGGCUGCCCUCCUCUUGGCUGUGACCCAAGAUCGGCCUGGGGCCCAGUACGACCUGGAGAUGCUGGGGGGCCUGUGUCAGGCCCUGGGCUUUGAGACCAUCCUGAGGACAGACCCUACAGCCCAGGCUUUCCAGGAGGAGCUGGCUCAGUUCCGGGAGCAGCUGGACACCCGCAGGGGCCCUGUGAGCUGUGCCCUUGUGGCUCUGAUGGCCCAUGGGGGGCCACAGGGGCAGCUGCUGGGUGCUGAUGGCCAAGAGGCACAGCCAGAGGCACUGAUGAGGGAGCUGAGCCGCUGCCAGGCGUUGCGGGGCUGCCCCAAGAUCUUCCUGCUUCAGGCCUGCCGUGGGGGGAACAGGGACACCGGCGUGGGGCUCACAGCUCUACCCUGGUACUGGUGCUGGCUGCAGGCACCUGCAACCAUCCCUUCCCAUGCAGACAUCCUCCAGAUCUAUGCUGAUGCCUCAGGCAGCUCCUCUGGGAGCCCCACUCCAGGGAGCUCUGAUCAAGCAGACAUCCUGUCCGUCUAUGCAGCCACCGAGGAUGUGACGCUCUGGCUCUGGUUCCCUGACCUAGGCUGUGUGGCCUAUCGGGAUGAAAAGGGCUCAGACUUUAUUCAGACGCUGGUGGAGGUCCUCAGAGCCGACCCCAGGCAAGACCUCCUGGAGCUGCUGACUGAGGUCAACAGGCGGGUGUGUGAGCUGGACGUGCUGGGCCCUGACUGCGACCAGCUCCGCAAGUCCUGCCUGGAGAUCCGCAGCUCGCUCAGGCGCCGGCUCUGCCUGCGGGCCUGAAGCGCCGGUGGCCGCCCGGGGGUGCUGAGAUGCGGGCGGCCGCUCCCAGUGCCUCCGCCGACCCCAUGCACUGCGGGUUCCUCGCCUGGAGGCGGGGCAGGCAGUGCGGGGCUGGCGCUUAGCUGGCGUGUAAUAAACGUGUGUGGACGGUCGCUGCGCUGGGAACAGUGCCUGCUCUCAGGGACGCGUGAAGUAAGUGGGAUAACGUAUGUGAAGCAGCUGGCUCUUCACAAGGUCACAGUUGUGCCCCUGGGAGCCAGAGGCGCAGCCUCCAGGACUAAGCAACCCACCGUGGGCUGGCGGGGCUGGGUGUGCUGGGAGCGCCCCAGGGAGAAGCAGCCCUGGGAAGGGGCCGCCCGGAGCCACGUGCCUCUCCCAGCCGCUUCGCGGUGCACGCGCAUUCCCACCGGGCCCCGCGCCGGGGGCCACGCAAGUGCGGGAGAGGCGGCCUCUCCUUCCAGUCGUCAGAGUCGAGUCGGGCGCCGGGAGACUCUGGAACAGACCAUCGCAGGUUCACCGGGAAGCAACGGGCAAGCGCCGUGGCAGGGGCGCAGCGAGCAGCCUGCUCCAGGGCAGCAAGGCGGCACGUGGGGGAAGAAGUUUGAUAGGGGCGCCCGCCAGGGGGCCAAGGCGCAGGCGCAGCCCGCGGCGCCCAUUCGGCUCCGCCCCGCGUCGCGGCCCCUCCCGGGGCCCCGCCCACGUGCCCGUCCGAGGGGCGGGAUCCUCUCACUGAGCACGCACAACGCACACCGCGCAGGCUCUGCAGAGGC